CCUCGCAUUUCACCAUGGACACUCAAGAGCCCACACAGCCAACAACGAACGAAGCGCGUGGCUCAUUAUACCAGAGCAUCCGGCCAUACGCCCAGUCCAAGGGGCCUGCUUUCGCCUUGGCCACAUUGUUUGGUGCGUCGGCUAUUAUACCGCACACUGCACUGAACGCUGGCGCCGCGUACAUCCCGCCGUUCCUCCAGCGCUUCGGGUUCUCGGCAGUCUUCGGGGUAGCAGGGUACGUUCUCGGGAGUGGAGAUGUGCGCAAUGGAAGUGGGAUAGCUACGGCGUGGUCUCUGACAUACCUUUUCCUCAACCUUCGAAAGAGUGUUAAGGCACCGCGGCAUCCGCUCUCGCUUGGUCUGGCAGGUGCUGCUGCCGCAUCAGCUGGCCUGUAUGGGACAGAGUAUUUCCUAUGGCAGGAAUAAGUAGAAUGCUCACCCGUUGGGCGUCGCUGUCAAUUAUUCUAGUCUCGUCUAAUAUCAUCC